AUGAACAUCAAUUUCAAAUUUUCAAGCCUUAUCGGUACUGUUUACCGUGAUGGCAACGUUACAUUCUCAACUGAUGGUAAUUCAAUUAUCAGUCCAGUUGGUAAUAAAGUCACAGUAUUUGAUCUGAAAAACAACCAUGCAAAUACUAUUGCCACCGAAUCAAAUUUCAAUAUUAAGUUGGUAACUGUUCAUCCAUCCGGAAUGCACGCUUUUCUAGUAAAUGAAGCUGGACAUGCUCAGUAUAUUAAUUUAAUUACACAUACGGUUCUGUAUCGACAUAAUUUUCGAGCUUGUGUUAGUGAUGCCAAGUUUUCGAUGGAUGGAAGGCGAUUAGCUGCUUGUCGAGGUGGUGAUGUACAAGUAUUUCUGGUUGCAGGGAUUGAGAAUUUUCAGCUGAACCCAUUUAUGUUGUUGCAUACUCAUAAAAUCACUGCUGAAAAAGCGAAAAACGUUGAAUGGAGCUAUGAUGACAGAUUGCUGGUAGUGGGUUCUGAAGACAAGCAAGUGCGUGUGGUUUCACCCGUAGAUGCUCUGAAAAAUUUGUUUUUGCAUGCUUUGGCUGCACAUAAAGCAGAAGUAGUGGGCAGUCAUUUUUGCCACAACUCAUACGAUUUAAUAUCAGUUGAUAAGCGUGGGCUAGCUAAUCACUGGGCUUGUGCUCUGAAACAAGAAGAUUUUGUUGAAAGGUUGCAUUCAAAAAAUACUUCUAAAGAUGUAAAGAAAAUGUGGUACGAUAAAACAAAGAGACAUUUCAUGAUGGAGCAUUUGGAUAAUGCACACGGCGUUAAUCUCACAGCAAGUAGCUUCCAUCCACCAACAUCAAUGUUGAUCACCGCAUUUUCAAAUGGAGCAUUUCUUUUGCAUGAAACACCAAAUUUUAAUCUUAUCUACAGUUUACGGGUGUCGGAAACAAAGGUGUCAUCUCUAGCUGUUAACAAAUCUGGUGACUGGAUAGCAAUAGCGUGUGGAAAAGGAACAGAAGGUCAGUUAGUAGUUUGGGAGUGGCAAAGUGAAACUUACGUUAUGAAACAGCAGUCACAUAGUCAGUCCAUUACAACAGUUGCUUAUUCACCUGAUGGGUCUCAAAUUGCUACCGGUGCUGAAGAUGGAAAGGUGAAAGUUUGGUCUUGCCGGUCUUCGUUUUGUGUUGUAACAUUCACCGAGCAUAGCAGUGGAGUAAGCGCGGUUUGUUGGACUUCUGAUGGUAAAGCUUUAUUGUCAGCAUCACUAGAUGGAACUGUACGAGCACAUGAUCUAAUUAGAUAUCGCAAUUUCCGUACAAUGGUUUGUCCUGAUAAGACUCAGCUUGGCUCUCUAGCAGUUGAUUCGGCUGCCGAACUUGUAAUGGCAAGUUCCAAAGAAAUGUUCACCAUUUAUGUGUGGAGUCUCGAGAAUGGAAAAUUGCUGGAUGUGUUGUCUGGACAUUCAGCUCCAGUUGCUUCUAUUUCUGUUCAUGGUACACAUUUGGCUUCAGUAUCUUGGGAUAAAACUCUUCGUAUAUGGAAUGUUGUUCAAUCAUCUAUAGCAGAAACUAUAGAUUUGCUCUACGAAGGUCUUGAUGUUGCUUAUUCGCCUGGCGGUGAGAUACUUGCUGUAUUAUGCCUUGAUUCGUCAGUGAGUCUUUUCGAGACUCAGACAUCUACGGAGCUUGGUACAAUAGAUACAGCUCUUGAUGUUGAUGCUGCACGCAAAGCCACUGAUCUUAUUAAAAAGAAAACAGGUGAAAAGAGCAGGACAUUUACAUGCAUAUGCUUUUCCGCUGAUGGUACAUUACUUCUUGCUGCUGGCCAAUCGAAUUACAUAUGUUUAUAUAGCGUUGCGGAACGUUUUAUAUUAAAGAAAUUGAAAUUAACAACGAAUCGUAGUUUGGAUGGAGUUAAGAUGGAUAUAAAUCGGCGUAAUUUCUCGGAGUUUGGUAAUAUGAUGUUAAUUGACGCUAGCGAUAGCGAAGAAGAAGCGGAUGGUAAGAAACGUAUAAAACUCCCAGGUACUCGACAUUCAGAUCUUUCUGAGCGAUCCUCUCGACCAGAAAUGCGCGUUGAAGAUAUAAAUUUCUCACCUGCAGGUCGUAGUUUUGCAGUUUGUUCAACAGAAGGUGUUGCUAUAUUCUCCCUCGAUCAUCGUAAUCUUUUCAAUCCUUUUGAACUUGGGAUACAAGUAACUCCAGUUAGUGUUGAAAACGCAUUAAAAGAAGGAGAAUAUUCGGCAGCACUGAAAAUGGCAUUGCAGUUGAAUCAAUUGGAAAUAAUCGAAAACGUAUUAUUGUGUACACCCGUAGCACAAAUCGAUAUAGCUACGCGUUCUUUGUCUAUUGCUUAUGCGGAGAAAUUACUGAAAUGGCUGGCUGAAAAUAUUAAUGGUUCUAUUGAGAAACAUAUUCAUUUCUGGCAGCUUUGGCUGAAAAGUUUGCUAAUGGAAUAUGGAUAUCAAAUAAAACUUAAUCGAGCUGCUAACUUAACUUCCCUAACCGCCUUACAACAACGUUUAUCCGAUUAUGCAAAUCAAAUAACAAAACUAGUUGAUCAAAAUAAAUAUACAUUGGAUUAUCUACUUAUAGCAAGGCAGAUAAAACGAGAUUAG